AUCUUCCAUCUUCCAUCUUUUAUCUUCGUACACCGUAGUCUUUAAAUCGGACAAAAAGGAAGUCAGACAACACUGAGAAAACAUGCAAUACCCACCACAGCAGGCCUCGGUUCAAUCACCCUUCACCACCACCAUCACCAAGGAGAACACCAGAACCAUCCUCUCUGUACUCCUAGCCACCUCCAUCUUCUCCCUCCUUUUUAUUUUCUCACUCUCCUCAACCAACUCUUCCACUAACACAGCUCCCCAAUAUCCUCGUCCCGACCCUUAUCUCUUCCCGACCCGACCCACUUUCAAUAAGAUCCCGUCGGAUCCUGCCCCUUCUUCCGUAGCCUACCUAGUAUCUGGUUCUGCCGGGGACGCGGGUCGAAUCCUGCGCCUACUUUACGCUACUUACCAUCCCAAGAACUUCUACCUCCUCCACCUUGAUCGAUUUGCUUCUCAGACCGAACGUGACUCACUCGCCGUCACUGUUCAAUCUGUGCCCAUUUUCAGGGCUGCCCAAAAUGUCAAUGUCAUUGGAAAGGCUGAUUUCGCUUACCCUACUGGAUCCUCCUCGAUAUCAGCCACGCUUCACGGCGCUUCAAUUUUGCUGCGUUUAUCGGCGAAUUGGGAGUGGUUUAUCCCUUUGAGUGCCAGUGAUUACCCGCUUAUUACACAAGAUGAUCUUCUCCACAUUUUGUCAUAUUUGCCCAAAGAUAUGAACUUUGUUAAUCACACGAGCUACAUUGGCUGGAGAGAGUCUAGGAAAUUGAAGCCUAUAAUUGUUGAUCCAGGGCUUUAUCUUUCAGAAAAGACUCAGAUGUUUUAUGCUACUCAAAAGCGAGAGUUGCCUCAUGCUUUCAGAUUGUUCUCAGGCUCAUCGCAUGCUAUAUUAAGUCGUAAUUUUGUUGAGUUCUGCAUAAUUGGAACAGACAAUCUACCGAGGACUCUGUUGAUGUAUUUGUCUAACAUGCCAUCAUCCCUCCCUAACUACUUCCCUACUAUUCUAUGUAAUUCCCGUCAGUUCAACCGGACUGUUGUAAAUGACAACUUACUGUAUGUGGCCAGAGAUGAGCCCUUUAGAAAGGAGUUUCGCCCACUUAAUUCCACCGAAUUUGAUGUAAUGAUUCAGAGUGCAGCAGCCUUUGCCAGAGGUUUCCAUUUUGACGAUCCAGUGCUUGACCGCAUUGACCAAGAAAUUUUGGGUCGAAGCCCUGGCCAAGUUGUGCCAGGUGGCUGGUGCUUGGGUGAGUCUGAAGACAACAUUUGUGCAGUUUGGGGAGAUGCUGAUGUUUUGAGGCCUGGUCCUGGAGCAAGUCGAUUGGAAAAGCGUAUUGUUCGAUUGCUUACAAAUGGUGAGUUCCGGUCUCAUCAAUGCGUAGUAGAAUGAACUGGAUUGUUACUUCCAUGAGAGAAUGAAAAGUAGUACAUUCACUUCAGUCUACCAUUUUUUGAAAAUCUUCUUGUUUCAAGUUUUUACAAGAUCUGGAUUUCUGAUGUUGAAGAGUUAACAACACUUCUUUGCUGAUAUAAUAGAUCAUAUGUUGUGUAUUGAGGUUCAAUGGGUUAAUGGUAAGUUCAGCUUUUUUGUCACU